AUGGCCGAUGUAAGUGCAGAGUGUAUGGCUGAGUACGACGGCAUUGUCAGCAGGAUGUUUGAUAGCGAGGAAGAUGGUUUUGAGUUCUAUAACAAGUAUGCUCUUGAGAAAGGCUUUAGUGUGAGGAAAGGAUAUGUUGAGUGGGAUGAAGCGAACGAGAAGAUAAUUCUGAGGAAACUUGUCUGUAGUCGUGAAGGUUGCCGUGAAGAGAAACACAUGAAGAGGAAGAGAGAAGAUAGGAAGAGGAAGCCACGGAAUAUCACUCGUGUGGGGUCUAAAGCGAAAUUUGUCAUUGCAAGAGUCGUGAAAACAGGGCGGUGGUUUGUGAAAGAUUUCAUCGAUGAACACAACCAUCCUCUGGCCCCACGAGACCUUUCUUGCUUUCUGCGUUCCCACAGAAGAAUCAGCGACGAGAAGAAAGCGGACAUUAUAGAGAUGGAAAGUGUUGGAAUCAAGAAACACAAAAUCAUGGAUGUGUUGUGCAUGCAGUACGGUGGAUAUGACCAUGUUGGAUGCACGACGAGGGACAUCUAUAACUUCUGCCAUCGCUACAAGCAGGAAACAGUCGCUGCCGGUGAUGCUCAGACGGUGAUCCGUCACAUGAUGGCGCGGCAAGAGAGAGACCCAGAUUAUUUCUUCAAAUACUUGGUUUAUAAAGCUGGGCAUCUGAAGGGAUUGUUCUGGUCCGAUACUCAAUCCUGCCUUGACUACGAGGCUUUCAGUGAUGUUGUUUUUGAUAGCACAUAUAGGACCAAUAAGUACAAUCUUCCGUUUGUGCCGUUUGUCGGGUUGAAUCACCACCGCAGCACUGUUAUCUUUGGAUGCGGGAUCAUUUCUCAUGAAACUAAGGAGGCGUACGAGUGGAUGUUGCGGACAUUUUCUGAAGCCAUGUCGCAGAAGCAUCCGAUAUCUGUAAUCACCGACGGGGACCUUGCAAUGCAGAGAGCGAUCAGGGUGGUGUGGCCUGACUAA